UUGUUCAGACGAGCUAUCAUCGCCUCUUAUCCAUCGUUCCAUGUGCUUUCCCAUCAUCCCUUCGAGAAGGUGCCAACGGAAAGCGCCGCCAGUGCUCCACACAACUUCAUACAAACUGCCGUAUCGGCUAUUGUUUUAAUGUCAUUCCUGGUGCUGUUGUUCGUGAUGAACUGGGAGGCUAUCAUCUCUGUGGUCAUAUCUAUCACCUCUAUUUGCCUAGGCAUAGUGGCUUACCUCCAUCUGUGGGGUGUUCGUCUGGAUGCGGUGUCGCUGAUCAGUAUUUUGAUGAGCGUCGGUUUCUCCGUCGACUAUUCAGCUCAUGUUUGUUAUCACUACUUUGCCCACGCCACUGAAGACCAACAUGAACACAUGACGGAACGCACAAUGGUGAGACUUUCAAAGAAUAUCGGUAAGAGUUUCAGAAACACACUGAGACGUUUAGUGUAG